AUGGUCAAGGCUGUUGUUGCUGGCGCCGCGGGCGGUAUUGGACAGCCCCUGUCCCUUCUUCUGAAGCUCUCCCCCCUAGUCGACGAGCUUGCCCUCUAUGAUGUCGUCAACUCCCCCGGUGUUGCUACCGAUCUUUCUCACAUCUCUUCGACUGCUAAAGUCACGGGCUACUUGCCCAAGGACGAAGGUGGAAAGGCCGCCUUCAAGGAUGCCGACAUCAUUGUCAUCCCCGCCGGCAUUCCCCGCAAACCCGGUAUGACCCGUGACGACCUCUUCAACAUCAACGCUGGAAUCGUCAAGGGUUUGAUUGAGAUUGCUGCUGAGGUGGCCCCUAAUGCCUACAUCCUCGUUAUCUCUAACCCUGUCAACUCAACUGUACCUAUCGCCGCCGAGGUCCUCAAGGCUAAGGGUGUCUUUAACCCCCAGAAGCUGUUUGGUGUCACCACCCUCGACAUCGUCCGUGCCGAGACCUUUGUUGCCGAGAUCGCCGGCAAGAAGACCGGUUCCGAGCUGACUGUUCCCGUCAUUGGUGGCCACUCUGGCGAGACCAUCGUCCCCCUUUUCAGCAAGAUCAGCUCUGGCGUAACGAUCCCGGAUGACAAGUACGAUGCUCUUGUCAACCGUGUCCAAUUUGGUGGUGACGAGGUCGUUAAGGCCAAGGAUGGCGCUGGUUCAGCCACCUUGUCCAUGGCUUUUGCUGGAUUCCGUUUUGCGGAGAAGGUGUUGAAGGCUGCUAAGGGUGAGAAGGGUCUUGUUGAGCCUAGCUUCGUCUACCUUCAUGGUGUUCCAGGCGGUGAAGAGAUUGCUAAGGCAACUGGCUUGGACUUCUUCUCCGUCCCUAUCGAACUUGGGCCCAAUGGUGCUGAGAAAGCCACCAACCCCCUGGCUGGCAUUACCGAGAAGGAGAAGUCUUUAGUGGAAGUGGCCAUCAAGGGCCUCAAGGACAACAUCGAGAAGGGUGUCACCUUUGCUCACAACCCUCCUCAAAAGUAACUAUCCCCUUGAUUCAUUCUAGAUGACUUGGCCGGCUCGUGGAGCGGCCGGCAUGCCUGUUAUGCGAUAUGAUUUACCACAAAACACUCUGCCCGUGGUUCGGCAUGGUUGAUAGGGAAAGUCAGAAUGAGCAUUUGCGCUGAUGAAUAAGACCGAGUGACUGAUCCAAUCUGCUUGCAUAGGUUGUAAAAAAGUGACGUGACCACACCCGACUAUAGCAAUUCAUUCCCAUUCGUGUUCAACCAAUAGUUCACUUCGAAGUCUGGAGGCAUCUCGAGGGAAGUAAUGUCGGUAGAAUGGCUGACUGGCAGGCUGGCUUGGAAAGGGACUUUUUUUAUACGCUGGGAAGGCUUCUGCUGAUGAACUGUGAUGGAUAGGGGUAUAUUUAAGCUUAGGCGACAUCGCCGCGAGGUGGGAAGAUCGUCAAGCAAAUAUCUGUAGAUACCACCAGCAACAUAACCAUACCAGUACCCCCCCUCGGCCUAAAACAAAACAAGAACGCCGUCACUUCCAAAUGCCCCCCCC